UGUAUAGGGAGGACACAUCACUGUCCGUUAUACCGAACUAGGCGUGUGGUACCGGGCACCGAACGGAGUGUCAACUGGGCUGUUCAGUGAGUAGUGUAGCAGAGAAAGUAACGGGCCCAUUAAUCUCAAAUACCCUUUGCACGGUUUACACCGGGAGACCACCGCACCGAGAAACGUAGUGAUGGAGCCGGGAGGGCCCGGUGGGGGGACCCCUCCCCCGGCUCCUGCGAAGAAGAAACUAAACCGGGCUCCGUCCCCUGCCCGGCCCAAGGAUCUGAGCGGAUGGUGCUUACCGAAGACCCGCAGAUCAUCACCAGCCUCCUUGCCAGGGUUUCCCCCGGUGCCCCGCAGGCCGCUCCCGUCUCCCGGGACCAAGAAACAAUCGGGUGCCAGAGCAGGCAGCAAGGCCAAGGGAUCUCAGGGUGCUCUUGGGCCGCGAACAGACAGCAGCUCAGAGGGGUCGUGCGCCUCAGAAGAGAGCAGUAGCCGAGGGAGCAGUGAGGAGGGAGGGGUGUCCGCAGCCUCCAGCCGCAUGCAGCUCAGCAACUCCCUGGCUUUCUCAGACCUUACAGAGGAGAUGCUGGAUGGGGGAACUGAGGUACUUUUACGGGAGAUGGAAGAGUUGCGUUCUGAGAACGACUACUUGAAGGAUGAAAUUGAGGAGCUUAGGUCCGAGAUGCUGGAGAUGAGGGAUGUGUAUAUGGAGGAGGAUGUUUACCAGCUUCAAGAACUCCGGCAGCAGCUGGAGCAGGUCCACAAAACAUGUCGCAUCCUACAGUACAGACUGAAGAAAGCUGAGCGACGGGGGUUACGGGUGGCACAGACGGGACAGGUUGAUGGAGAGCUCAUAAGCACCAUGGAGCAAGAUGUGAAGGUGGCUAAAGAUGUCUCAGUGCGUCUUCAUAAUGAGCUGGAGGCGGUGGAGAAGAAGAGGAUCAAGCUAGAGGAGGAAAACGAGGAAUUGCGCCAGCGGUUGAUUGAGACUGACCUGGCUAAACAGGUGCUGCAAAAUGAGAUGGAAAAGACUAAAGAGAACUCUUUAAAAAAGAGGCGGUCGUCUUCAAAAGUGGAAAAGAAACCAUCUCCACAGGAGGACAGUGCAGAUUUAAAAUGUCAGCUACACUUUGCUAAGGAAGAGUCUGCUCUAAUGUGCAAAAAGCUUUCAAAGUUGGCUAAAGACAAUGACAGCAUGAAGGAGGAGUUGGUGAAAUACAGAUCAAUGUACGGGGACCUAGACAGUUCGUUGUCAAUUGAAGAGCUGGCCAACUCUCCACAUUCACGAGAGGCAGAGGUGAAAGUGCACCUUAAGCUAGUAGAAGAGGAAGCCAACCUGCUGAGUCGAAGGAUAGUAGAGCUGGAGGUUGAGAAUAGGGGUUUAAGGGCAGAGAUGGACGAGAUGAAAGUACAUGGUGACAGAGAGCUUUUAAAUCAAGAUUCCAGGUUUAAUUUUCUGUGUGGGGAAUCUAGUGAUAAUUUUGUGGAGCUAAGGAGACAUCUCCAGUUUGUGGAGGAAGAGGCAGAACUUCUCAGGAGAUCACUAAUGGAGCUGGAGGACCAAAACAAGCUGCUGAUGAAUGAACUGAAUAAAUAUAAGUCUGAUCAUGACCUUGACAUUACCUUUUCAGAGGACAGUUGCUCUGUAAUAAGUGAACCUUCUCAGGAGGAGCUCACAACUGCCAAAAUGCAGAUCAGCGAACUGAAUGGCAAGGUUAAAAAGCUCCAGUACGAGAACCGGGUGCUUCUCUCAAACCUCCAACGAUAUGACCUUGCUUCUUGCCAGGCCACUAAACCCCUGAUGGAGACUGAUGCAGAAGCUGGAGAUUCUGCACAGUGUGUCCCAUCACCUCUCUGGCGUGAAGGGCCUAUAGGAGGAGAAAAUGAAAUUAGUGACUCUAAGGAACGGCUUGGGAAAGGUGCCCUUAAAUCACCUGACCGUUCUCAUUCCCCAUCCAGGAUUUUAAAGUCAAAAGAAUUAGAGAACCUUCUUGGCAUCAGGACACAAGCCAGGUUAAUCAGUAAAGCCAUUGAAGUCUUAACAUCAGAUUCAAAUGGCUUUCCUUCGGGCAUCAAACUGUGCACAGAUAAUGACUGUGGAGACAUUUUGUUAACUGAGGCAGUUGAUAACAGUGAAGUAACAAGUGACUCAAAGCUAAUCAGUGCUAUUUUUACCAAACUUGCCAUGUUACAACAGGAGCUUAAUUGCUUUACAAAGAAGGUUGAUACUCUAGGAGAUUGUUGUAAAGAGCAGAUUAAUUCAGUAGCACUACUACCUGGAAUAAUAUCUCUUGAUACCUCAAAGGAUUCUUCAAGGAAAGAGCACAGUUCAGACUUACAGCAGCCUGAGUGUAGGAAUUGCCAACAGAGGGAAGAAUCUCAUAGGAAGAAGAUUGAGGAGGACCACAAUUAUGACCAGACCAGAAGUUACAAGACAUACCAACCUGAAGAUAAUGAAUCUUAUGCAGCUGAGAUAAAAGAUUUGCAGUUGGUGCUGUCAGAUGCCAACGAGACUAUUCAAGGGCUCCAAGAUCAGCUGUCCCAUGAGCGACAGCUCCGUAAGGAGGAUGAGGAGGCCUAUAACAUGAAGGUCAACCAGCUGAAAGAGGAUCAGCAGAAGCUGCUUUUGAGACGUGAAUUUGAGCUGCAGAGUCUUGGCCUUCAGAGGAGGUUGGAACAGAAGUUCUGGAGCCAGGAGAAGAACAUGCUGGUGCAGGAGACCCACCAGUUCAAGCAGAGCUUCCUGCUGCUCUUCAUGAAGCUCAAGUGGUUCCUGCAGCGCUGGAAACAGGGGAAGGUCCUGAAGCCUGAGGAAGAAGACUAUCUCGAGGUAAACAGUGUGAAAGAAUUAUACCUGCUGAUUGAACAAGAAGAGCUGAAUCCUCAGCCCACUGACUAUAAGCUCUCUGAAGGAGACUGGCCUCAGAAUAUGAGUAGAGAAUCAAUGAAAAUCCUGUCCGAUGUUAAGGGAAUUCUGAAAGAUUUCUGCAACCAGUUACAGGAGGAGAGAAGGGGAAUGAACGAGCUCCAGCAGCAGUUUGCCAAGGCAAAGUCAGCUUGGGAAAUGGAGAGGACAGAACUCAAGCUGGAGUCUGCAAAACACGGAUCAGAUAGAGCACUCUUUGACCUAAAGGCAGCAAUGAAGCGAGUUCGAGAAGAGCACCAGCAUCUUCUUGCUGAAUCCUACAGUGCAGUCAUGGACCUUACCAAACAACUUCAGGUCAGCGAGAAGAACUGGGCUCAGGAGAAAGCGGAGCUCCUAAGCCGGUUCCAGGAGGAAAGGAAACAGUUCUCACAGCAGAUAAACGAGCUACAGGAUAAACUCAAACAGUUCCAGAUGGUAACAGAUUCCGAGAUGAAGGAGGAUCCUGAGAGGCGGAGCAGCUGCUGGAAAGAGGCUCUUAAUGACAAUCUACAAGAUAAGGAUAUAGACUGUGACAUAGAUGCAAGUCGGACCGGCUUAAAAAGGGCUAAGUCUGUAUCAUCUAUGUCAGAGUUUGAAACUUUACUCGACUGCUCCCCUUAUCUACCCAACAACAAAUCCUCUAUCAAUGGCGAGAAAACCAAAGCAAAGUUAGAACUUUUAUCUUCUCAACUCCUUCCUAAAAGCCCUAUUGACUCUGAUCACAAUCAAAAACAUUGUACUUAUUUGAAUAAUGAAAAAGCCUUGUCUGCACACUUUGCUAAGGAAAACCUAGGUAUCUCCUCUUGGGAUUUCACAAUGGCCAAGACUGCUAAUAAUGUGGAUACAGGACAAAAACAAAUACAGAGAAGUUACACUGCCCCAGACAGGACAGGGAUCCGAAUUUAUUACAGUCCUCCAGUUCUACGACGACUUGAUCUUCUUCCUUUGGUCCAAAGCAAAGAAGGAAAGCAUAUGGCAGAGCCAGGAUUCUUGUUUACCAUGGCCAAGCCUACCAAAAUGGAAAAGUCAGAUGUAUUGGCUGGCGAUACAUACAGUAGGUGGCUGUGUAAUUUAUCUAAAAAGCAACAAGAUCUAUUGGACAGCGGGGCUGUAAAGGAUUCUUCUACUUCUGUUCCUGGAUUCCCAACUUCACUGGGUGGUUUUGAGAUUUCAGGCAACAUGAGCGAUGAUAUGAAAGAAAUAACCAAUUGUGUCAGACAAGCAAUUCGCUCUAGUUCUCUUGAAAGAAAAACAAAAAACACCACAAGUCAAACUGUGGGACUCUCUACAGUGGGAGUACAGACUGUUCAAAUGGUGAACAUUGGCCUUCAAACUGAUUUACCAAGAGCAAGUCUUCAUACAAAGAGCUGGUCCCCCCGAGGGUCUUUGUUGUCUGCCAGGAGCAAACAUAUCUCAACAUCGUUGGACAAAGUUCACUCCAAGAUAGAUCGCCCAUGCUGUUCUCCCAAGUUUGGCUCACCUAAGUUGCAGAGAAGAUCAUCAUCGUCCAAACUGGAUAUUUCCAAGGAUCGGAGCUUAUGGAACCUUAACCAAAACAAAUCUAAUGGUUCUGCCUGGGCAAGGUCAACUACAACCCGAGAUAGCCCAGUGUUAAGUAAUAUCAAUGAUGGGUGCUCCAGUCUGUUUAAUUUAGUUGAUCACAACGGGAGUACAGAAUCACUGUGUAAAACAAGUCAAACUGAGGUCAGAAAUAAAGGUGAUACAACCAAGUAUGGCAUUGUGCAGGAAUUCUUAAGAAAUGUAUGUGGGCGGACAACACAAAACUCAAGUGCUACAAGUGAAAAGAAGGAGGUGGAAGACUGUAAUAAAAAACCUGACAACCAUGACCAGUGUUCUUCCACAGUGUGUCACCCAUCUUACAAUGUCUCUAGAUUGCUAAGCAAGAAGAUACCAAGACAGCAUAUUAAUGAUGAGCAGAAGCCAUCUGUUCCAAACCAAGGAAACAAAGAUGGAAUCUCUAAGGAGAGUGAAGUCAAUUCAACCACUACUAAUGAAGAUUACUCCUGCAACUGUAACUCCCAGCCUGUCACCUCCUGCUUCUCCAGACCAUCCCGGUCUCAUCUGCGUCAAGCCCACAUCAGCUGCCUUCUCCAUCCUGACACAGCUCUCGCAGAGGAUAAAGCAGGUUCUUCCUGCAACUGAGGAAAUCUUAACCAUCACUUGUUUUCACAUGGGCUCCAAAUCGUCUCACAGGAGCCAUUGCAAUGCAAUAUUUACAGAGCGAUGACAUACUUUAACCCUUUCACUGUCCAUUGCUUUAAAACUUUUGCUAUGGUAGUGAAAGGGUUGCAGUUUAAUGACACCAUGACUUAACAGUAGAUCCAAAAAGUCAGUAAGAAAUGAUUAGGGGCUAACCAAGGAACGCAGUACAAAUCGCCUCACUGCAAUGAUUGCACUGGGAUCUGAAAAGGGUGCCAUUUUUGAUGCAACCCUUAUACACAUUUGUAUACAUACUAUAAUCUUCACUUGGUGGCACAGACCUUAUUUACAACUUUGCUGGGUCCUAAUAGUAGCACUUAAUCCUUUUGAUAUUGUGUGUAACUGUAGAGUAAUAACUACUUUAAUAUAAAUGCAUAUACACAGCGAGUUUUCAAAGUGCAGCUUUGUAUAUGUAUUUAUGGAGAGUGCAAUUAACCACUUUGCGGCCGGGUGUGCUGUCUUAUAAUUUUCCAUGUCACUUAUCUUUGCUUUGUUUGGUCUUAACUGGACGUCUCCUUUAUUUGGUUCCUUCUCUGUUCUAUCCAAACCUUAAAAUGGAGUCAUUCCUUUUAUUUUUGUAAGUCUUUUUAAUGUUGUCUAGAUGCCUUAAACUGCCUUGUGUUUUUCAGUUUAUUCUUCGCCUGCACAAACUAUACAGCCC